GCUCACUCUAAAUUGUUUCAUGCAAGAGCUCGCUGAGGUUGACUGUCAGUUGUAUAAGUUUGACAUCAUUUCUUCAAAUCCUAAACUGGUCACCACUCCAUCAUGUCUGUACAAGUCAGCUCUCAGCAACUGCAGGAAUUCUUGGAUUUUGCAGUGGAAGUAGCGAAGAAGGCUGGGGAGAUGAUAAAAGAUGGAUUUUCAAAGAAGAAAAAUGUGGAAACAAAACAGAGCAAUGCUGAUCUUGUGACGGAAACUGACCAGGCGGUGGAAAAAUGGGUGAUUGAAUACAUCAAGGAAAGAUACCCGUCACACAAGUUUAUUGGUGAGGAGUCAACAGUCAACGACAUCCCAUGUGACUUCACAGAUGAUCUGACGUGGAUUGUCGAUCCUAUAGAUGGAACCACCAAUUUUGUACAUAGCAUUCCUGAAGUAUCAUAUUCCAUGGGAUUGACAGCUAAUAAGGAGGUGAUAGUGGGUGUGGUCUACAUACCUGUCCUUGACAUUAUGUACACCAGCAUGAAAGGUCAUGGGUCACACUGUAAUGGAAGGAAGCUGCUGUAAGCAGUGUGGAAGGUGAGUGAUCUGAAGCAGAGUAUUGUCAUUCACGAAGGGGGAAGUUCCCGGGUACCAACAGUAGUGGACACCAAGAUGAAAAACAUCCAUACUAUCGUCACACACAGUCAUGGUAUCCGAGCAUACGGAUCUGCUGCCAUCAACUUCUGCCGUGUGGCCGACGGACAGGGGGAGGCCUACGUGGAAUACGGCAUUCACUGCUGGGACUUUGUGGCUGGCAUGUUGAUAGCUCAAGAGGCUGGGGCGUACGUCAUGGACCCAGACGGUGGGCCAUGUGACCUGAUGAAGAGGCGGGUUCUAGUUGCAUGCACAGAGAAAGUGGCCAGGGAAUUGUCUGCAAUAUUGACCCACUUAGACAUGGGUAGAGACUGAGGUUGUUACGCACAACACUGUGUGCAGUAAAUGUAAAAAUCUGUCUCAUUAAAAUCAAAUUUCCAACUUCCCACAACCAGUACCGGGGGUAAACAAAGAUUUAAGGACAUCUUUCUGAUCACCUUUAUAUGACCUUUCAACUGACCAAUCAGAGGGCUGUUUGCCACAUCUGAAGACUGACAACUGGAAAUGGUCAACUCAGAGUAUUCCAAAUUAUAUUUAUGGACUGGACGACUAUUCCAUCAAAAUCAUCGUCUGUUCCUUAUUUCAGAUUUAAACUUGUGUUUAAGUGUUCAGUAUUUUACAAGACACAGUCUGGAUGCAUAUCACUGGGUUAACUUGUGCCAUAAAGCUCAAUAAAAUUUGCUUUCUGAUUGGCUAA